CCCUGGCCCCAGCAUGCUGCUUCCGGGGGGCCGGCUUUGGCGGCUCCUGCCUUACGGGCUCAGGGUCUGGGGGUCGGCGGAGGGGGCCGCCGGAGUGUGGCUGAGGCAACUCGGCGCGCGGCGAGAGGAGGCGAGGCUGACCUCGCAACUCGCCCGCUACGGCUGGGGAAGCCGGUCCUGGAGCACCGGGGUGCCGCCCCCGCCGGGGUCGUCCGGCCCGGAGCCCAAGGGCGGCAGAGACCCCACGCGCCCCUCCAAGCCCGGGCCUGUUUCUUGGAAGUCUUUGGCAUUCACAUUUGCAAUCGGUGGAGCUUUAUUGGCUGGAAUGAAGUACUUCAAGAAAGAAAAGACACAGAAGCUGGAGAAGGAACGGCAGCGAAGCCUGGGAAAGCCUCUGCUCGGGGGCCCGUUUUCCCUCACAACGCAUACUGGAGAGCCCAAAACCGACAAAGACUACGUGGGUCAGUGGGUGUUGAUUUAUUUUGGUUUCACUCAUUGCCCUGAUGUCUGCCCAGAAGAACUAGAAAAAAUGAUUCAAGUUGUGGAUGAGAUAGAUGAUAUUCCAACUCUGCCAAAUUUAACUCCACUUUUCAUCACUAUUGACCCAGAAAGGGACACAAAAGAAGCCAUCGCAAAUUAUGUGAAAGAAUUUUCUCCCAAACUGGUUGGCCUGACUGGCAGCAAAGAAGAGAUUGAUCAAGUGGCCCGAGCGUACCGGGUGUAUUACAGCCCUGGCCCCAAGGACGAGGACGAGGACUACAUAGUGGAUCAUACAAUAAUCAUGUACUUGAUUGGACCAGAUGGUCAGUUCCUAGAUUAUUUUGGCCAGAACAAGAAGAAUGCGGAAAUUGCCGGUUCCAUCGCCGCGCACAUGCGGGAACACAGGAAGAGGAGGUAGCCCGGCCGCAGCCCGCUGCGUGUUCUCUUGCGAAAGAGGAGAAGAGCUUUGUCUGCCUUAGGAGCCACAUGUGUAUGCACACACACUCGCAUUUGCAACCCACAGAACGGCCUUCGCACUGCAAGAACACCUGUCUCUGGGACAGGGCAUGUCACUUUGGGUUCAGCCAGGAGAGUUCCGGAACCGUGAAGAUUCCUGCCAGGCAGGAACCAGUCAGCGUGAAGCUGGAGGAGCAGACCCUGGGAAGUCGGGGAGGCCGGGCAGGUACGUUUCCCCGCGGCAGCAGGGCCCUCGGAUCAGCGUCGCUGCCUCUCCGGUGCCCUGGACCCUUCUCGUCCAGGGUCUAGGGCUGAAUUCCAAAAAGGGUGACGUUUCCUUAGUGCCCUUGCUUUUCCUCUUCGAGUUCUUGGUGGCGGGUAACGGUCAGAUCAGGCUCUCGGACAUUCGUAGUGAGUCUUCAGACAUGAAAGCGCACGUGUGUACAGUCCUGUGUGCUGGCAGAUCUCACGGUCAUGUCCGCAUUGUGUUCCCCUGUCAGCUGCUGAGUUUACUGAUGAAGAGGAAAUCUGUUGUUUGGGGAAAAACCACUAGAUCAGUUUCUCUAGGGAUCUUUUAUGUGAUUUUUAUUGAAACGUGCUGGGUUUUCAGUGACCUACCAAGUGGAUAGAAGAGGAUCUCGAUCAUGACUGUGACUCAGGGCACUUGUUUGCUGACACUGGGUUGCAGUGGGUGUGAAAUAAAGGUGUGUGCGGUUUUGCAA